AUGGACUUGAAAGAUACCUCUAUUUCUCUUUCUCGAGUGCAGACUCUCGAUGUCACUGCAGAUAUACAGGGAACUGAAGAGCCGACUGUUAGCGACGACCCAAGGUCUUGGCGGCUCGGAUCCAAAUGGUUGAUUCUGCUGGUUGCGAGUUGGCUCUGUCUCGUUAGCCCAUUGGCAUCAUCCAUACUCGCGCCGGCAACGGGAUUGAUGAACGCAGAGUUUCACAAUGACUCCGAGACAUUGACUACAUUUACGGUUUCUUUCUUCAUCUUAGGAUAUGUGGUCGGUUCUCUCAUCGCGGCUCCCUUGAGCGAGCAGUACGGCCGUAAAGUAAUUUUAGACAUCACUACCACAAUCUUCGCAAUCUGGCAACUUGCUUGCGCCCUUGCUCCAAAUAUCACCUCUCUCCUCAUUUUCCGUCUCUUCGCGGGACUAGGAGGAUCAGCAUGUCUUUCGAUCGGGGGCGGCAUCGUGUCCGAUCUCUUCGACUCGAAUGAACGAGGGACCGCCACAGCAGUCUUCGCAUUGGGACCUCUUCUAGGACCUGUAAUCGGACCAAUAAUUGGUGGGUUUCUAUCACAAAAGGCUGGCUGGAGAUGGAUAUUCUGGUUUUUGUUAAUCUUAGGAAGUCUAACGGUAUUACUUCAAGUAUUUUUGGGCAGGGAAACCAACCUUCGGGUCAUAAGGGCAAGGAAACACGCGUUUCAAGGUCGACCUCUGAGCUGGUGGCACCGCUUAGACUGGUAUGGGCCAGUUGAACCUCUAGGCUCAGACGGGCCGAAAGAAAUUGACUUGAUGCAAUCAAUGCUGCGACCUUGGAAGUUCAUCUUCACGUCGCCAAUCACUGGAAUUCUGUGUCUUUAUUCUGGGUUUAUCUACGGACUCCUAUACCUACUCCUUACAACCAUUACGAGAGUUUUCGUACAGCAAUAUCACUGGAGUAUUGGGAUUUCAGGUCUUUCGUACCUAGGAAUUGGUAUAGGAUUCAUUCUCGGGGUUGUUGCGAUUGGUAGCACAAGUGACCGCAUUGUAAUGAAGCAUGCGAAAGGGAACAACGACAUCGUCGUCCCGGAAGUCAGGUUACGAGUUUGCUUUUAUUUCUCGUUUCUGAUUCCCAUAUCAUUCGUGUGGUAUGGGUGGUCAAGUCAUCAACAGGCCUUUUGGCUCGCGCCAAUUACGGGACUCGUGGCUUUUGGUCUGGGGAUGAUCGGGGUUUUUCUUCCCAUUCAGACGUACAUGAUAGAUGCCUUUCCGGAAUAUGCUGCGUCAUCUACAGCUGCAUUGGCAUCUUCGAGAAAUGUAGUGGGCACUUUCCUCCCUCUAGCGGGGCCGUUCCUCUAUGAAGCUUUAGGUCUUGGUUGGGGAAAUACAUUGCUCAGCUUCGUGGCGUUGGUACUCAUUCCCGCACCUUAUUUUAUUGCCAAGUACGGUGAGAAGCUGCGGUUAAAGUACCCUAUCAAGAUAUAA